CGUGCAAAGUCCCCAAGCCAUCGGGUGGUAAAAGUGCAUCUCAUCUCGGAGGACAUUUGGCGGGUGAUCCCGAGGAGCCUAAUUUUGAGGCCCUCCAAAGAGAAGAUAAUGUCCCAAGUGAAUCACUUGGGAUAAUUAACAAAGACGAAUUGCCACUUGGUCCCGUGUUCUCUGAAGGGCAGUUCCAAGAUGCCCAGGCCAUGAAGACUCCCGACGUAUGGGCGACCCACGAAGGGACUAAUAUUUUUCGGGAAUGCCUUUUAGGGGUCGAAGAUGGUGCCAACCCGGAUGCCUCGUUUAGUUUGACAAGGCUCAGCGUCUUCUUAAGCAAGUAAGUUUCUGCUUCCAUAAUUAUGCUCGUGAUUUAUUCUCGUUUUUUGAGUUUGAUCUCUUUUCUUUGUGUGAAGGCUAUAACGCUCCAUCGACAUGCAUUCUCCAAGUCUCGAGCCGAGCUCACCCGAUGCGAGGCUGAAAUCAAGAAGCUCGUGGAAGAGAGGGACAACCUCAAACUCCUCUAUGUUCAAAAAGAGGAGGAGAUUAGGGGCCUUAGAUCCGACUUUACGAAGGCUCAGUCAGAACAGAUCGAGCUUAUUGAGCAGGCCCAGCUGAAGGGCGAGCUGGUGGAGCAUCUUCGAGAAGUGCUCAAGGUGAAAGAGGCCGAGACCCUGGGAUGGAAGCAACAUAUGGAUCGUCUCGCCUCAGAGAAAGACAUGCUUCGGUCCCAGCUGACUUUGAUCGAACGCCAGCUUCAAAAUGUAAAGGGGGAAAGCUUGGCCCAUAGCCGAAAAAUUGAGGAGCUCGAAGCUAAAUCAGUCGCCGAGCUUGCGAAGGCCAAAUUUGAGGUAGAGGCAUUUGUGGCCUCUUAUAGAGCUGAUACCGAGGCUGCUAACAUUUGGGCAUAGGAAAUCUACACUGCUGCUGAAGUCAAAUUGUCAAGUGCUCUCGAUCAUGCCAGACGACAAUCCCGUAGAGAAACUCUCGAGGAAGUGCACGCUCGUAGCUUUGAUCUCUCAGCUGAUAUUAAAAAGGCAAAAACUUUGGAGGACGAGGCUGCCGCUUUACUCUGCGAUGAUAAAGAUUCUUCUAGUGGUUUCGAGAUCAGAGGAGAUGAGGUUGAAGUCCCCGAGGAGGAGGUUCCCGAAGAUGCAACUCUCAAGGAUGCGGAUCCUGAGGAUGCGGCUCUUAAAGUAGAUUAGGCUCUUAGGAUUUUGUUUUUUUUGUUUUUGUGUAAGGCCCCUUGUGGCCACU